GCAGGCGCGCCCCCGCCCCGCCGCCGGAAGAGCCAGGCAGCCGAGCUCCGCGCCAGACGUUGCGCCGGCCGCGGGGAGAUAGCCGUCCGCCGCGCAAUGCGGCCCCUCGGCAGCACCGGGGUCGCCGAGCUGCGGGAGCCCGGGCUGCCGCUCACAGCCGACACAUCCCCGUCCGCGAGUGAAGAGUCGCCGGCCGCGAGGGAAGAGCCGGAGGAGGCCGUGGAAACCCCGGGACCCAGCUGGUGCGGGCUGUGCGGCUCCUGGCUGUGCGGUUCGCGCGCGCAGCCCGAAGCCAAGAAGAAAGCACCCUGUCGUGGACUUGGCUUGUUUUACACAUUAUUGUCUGCCUUCCUUUUCUCAGUGGCCUCUUUAUUUGUUAAAAAAGUGCAAGACCUCCAUGCUGUAGAAAUUAGUGCAUUCCGAUGUGUGUUCCAAAUGUUAGUCGUUAUCCCUUGCUUAAUAUACAGAAAAACUGGGUUUAUAGGCCCAAAAGAUCUACGAAUCUUCCUCAUUCUCAGAGGAGUCCUGGGUUCUACCGCCAUGAUCCUUUUAUACUACGCUUUCCAUACGACGUCCCUCGCCGAUGCCACGGUGGUCUCAUUUAGCUGUCCAGUGUUUACGUCUCUAUUUGCUUGCAUGUUUCUCAAGGAAAAAUACAGCCUUUGGGAUGUUCUCUUCACCGCAUUCGCCAUCACCGGAGUGAUUCUCAUCGUGAGGCCUCCGUUUCUGUUUGGUUCCAACACUGCGAAGAUAACUGGAAGCUAUUCAGAUCACCUGAAGGGCACGUUCGCAUCACUCGGACAUGCCCUGUUUGCUGCCUUGACUCUCGUUAUCCUCAGAAAAAUGGGGAAAUCUGUGGACUACUUUUUGACCAUCUGGUAUUACAUAGUGGUUGGCCUCGUGGAGUGCGUCAUCAUCCUCUCUGUAUUCGGAAUGUGGAAGCUGCCGAACUGUGGGAUGGACAGGCUCUUUCUCCUACUAAUCGGGCUGUUUGGUUUGGCGGGUCAGGUGUUUCUCACCAAAGCCCUUCAGAUAGAAAAAGCUGGGCUAGUAGCACUAAUGAAGACCAUGGAUGUGGUUUUUGCUUUUAUCUUUCAGAUUAUUUUUCUUCAUAAUAUACCAACGUGGUGGACGGUGGGUGGCGCGCUCUGCGUAGUAGCCAGUAGUGCUGGAGCAGCCAUUCGUAAAUGGUGUCAGGGAUCCAAAUGAAGCAUCAUUGCGGAAAUGUGUAUUUUUUACAAGUCCACCUUCACCAAGUACAAACACACCACAUAUGCACAUACCUGGAAAAUCGGAAUUUACUUCAUUGAUUAUAUUUAAUAAGUUUCAUAGUUUAAGUAUCAUUUUUGAAUAUGGUAUGUCUUUUUUUUUUUUUUCAUCCUUAUCCAGGAUAUGUUUAUUGAUUUUUUAAAAUUGUUUUUAGAGAGAGAGGAAUGGGGAGAGAGAGAGAGAAACAUUGAUUGGUUGUCUCCCCUAUACACCACAGUCGAGGAUCAAACCUCAAAGUUAAGUGUAUUUUUUGUAAUGAUGGGAUUUAGGUCGGGAGGAAAUUUUAGAUGCUCUUUUAGCAGUGUAGAGGCUAAGAAAAUUACCGGUAAUAAUGCUGCUAUGAUUAGUAUGUUGAAAAUUCAUUUGAAACAUAAUUCCAUUUAGGAGGCCAAACUGAAACUUGGAAUAGGUGCCUACUUAAUGCUGUUAAAAAUACGAAUAAAUUAGCCUUAUUUUCAAGGCUUUUAUAAAUGAUCAUUAAUCUUUAAACCCAUAUCUGUGCCUUUUCAUUUUAAUGCCAUAUUUUUUAUAUGUAAACUAUUUGAAAAGUUUUUAAUUACCAAAUUUGACUAAUAGUUUCUCUUUCAGUGGCAUUAGCAACUUUAACUGUCAUUCCAUAAUUUUAAUUGUCUUCUGAUUUGGGGUUUUAUUUUGAAACCACACUAAGUUUUUUUAAUCACAAGAAAGAAAUCUUGGCAUGGCCAAUGUGCACAUUUCCAUCCUAAAGUGUUUUCUCCUCACUAGAAAUGUGGUUUUUCUGUAAAUUACUUUUGAAUUUAUAGUGUGAUGCCAAAUAAAAUUUUCUCAGGAAUUUAUUAGAUUGAACCAGUUGAAAUGACAGAGAUUUACCUUUUAACUUACAAAACCCAUAAUUUCUUAGGGUUCAUCCUAAUAGAUACCUCCCUUACCCUCUAAGCCAAGUUAGAGGACUUCGGAAUAUAUAUUUUUAAAACAACUUCCUAAAGUUCAGCAAUCCUAUUCAACUUAUUUUUAUAGUCUUUUUGCCUUACGGGAUUAUUUGUAAUAAUGCUUCAUAUUAUAUGUUAAAUGUAAAGACCUGUGAAUUCCAUGGUUGGUUGACAUUUGUGGUUUCUUGAAUAGAAAAAAAUAAUCACUGUUAACUUCUAGUAUGUCAGUAUGAUAUUAAAUGUCAGUGCUAUAUCAUGAUAUUAGUAUCAUGAAAUAAAAUGACAAACUUUAUAUCUGGAACUUCAGAAGCCAAUACUCUGCUGUUAAAGAGAGAAUUGACUAUUAAGAAAGCUUGGGAGUAUAAUCAGAAAGUUGGAAAUACAUGCAAAUGAUAUUUUUGUAACAAUGAACCCUUUAUUACUAAAGCUGUAAUGGUCUCCAGCUCUUUGUCAGAUGUAGCAUCUAUUAUUUUAAGCCUGCAGAUUUGAAAGAUUAUAGGUUCUUUCCCAUCCUUUCAUCACAGUUCUUCCAAAGUAAGAAGGAACUUGGCUUCUGAGGUUUAUGCCUUAGUAAGAAAGGAUCUUCAAUAGUUCCAAGAGGGAAUUUUUGGUUUACUGAUCGUUCUAAAUGCUCCCCACCUAACAAGUCCUAAAUAAAGUCUAUUUAGAGAGGUCACACUAUCAUAACUUUAUCCUAAUACACAAUAUAGGAGUUUAGACUUGCAAAAAUAUCAUUUUGCAAGCAUCUUAGAUAAUUAUAGAAUCAGCAUUUUAGAGCUCAAGGGUUAAAAAUCCUCUUGUAGGAGCCACACUACAUAGAUAGGAAUGCUAGGGAGGGGACCUGCCUGAGAUGAGUUUCCAUGGUCUUAUUCCCCACGACCCGCUUAGUUCCAUGAUAAAGUAUGGAAAGUAAACCGCAGCUUGACCUACCUAAAAUAAAUUAAUGCUCAGGGAACCCUCUCCUGGUUCUUGACCUUGCACAAAUAAAAGAACCUAUGGGGCCUUGAAAGUUACAUCCCUUUGGUCCUGGAAACUAGACAUUUUAUUUCAACAAUGUAGUUUAAGUACUUGAAUGUCACAAUAUAUGACCAAGGUUGGGGGAAAUGUUUCUUCUCCCAACUGUUAUAGGGUGUGAUUCUUAAAUACUUUUAUAAUGUCCAAGGUAUAUAUAAGGAUAUGUAUUGUAACCAUUAUGGGUGUGUAUUUUUUGCAAAGAUUGUAGUUUAUCUUGAAAGGGGAAAUAUUUUCAUAAAUUGUUUUUAUUUUAUAAGUACUAAUAAAGUGAAAA